UGUACAGGUGUCUUGCAGCUGUGAGGAACCGGAGAUCCUUUACUAGAAGUCACGUAAAUGAUGUCACGGAGGAUGGACAAGGACAGGAGUCAUGUGACUGAAAGGAUAUUAAGCCUCACUGUGGAGAUCAUCCAGCUGCUGACAGGAAAGGAUCACUCAGUAGUGAGGAAGACAUCUGGAAACUGUGAGACACCCAGCAGCCAUCCCCGUGUGUCAGGAGGACUGAGCAGGACCCAGAGCCCCAUCACGGUGCCUCUACCUCACUCACUGAUACAUGAGAGGCACAGUGACCAGAAGAUCCUGGAGCUCACCAACAAGAUCAUCCAGCUGCUGACUGGAGAGGUUCCUAUAAGGUGUGAGGACGUCGCUGUCUAUCUCUCCAUGGAGGAGUGGGAGUAUAUAGAGGAACACAGGGGCCUGUACAAGGACGUGAUGAUGGAGAAUCACCAGGCAUUGAAGAUGGAUAUGACUGAGAGGAUAAUAAAUCUCUUCCUGGACAUCAUCUGUGUGCUGACUGGAGAGGAUCACACAGUAGUGAAGGGAACAUCUGGAGAGUGUGAGCCACCCAGCAGCCAUCGUGUGUCAGGACUGGGGAGGACCCAGAGCCCCAUCACAGUGCCUCCACCUCACUCACUGAUACAUGAGAGGCACAAUCACCAGAAGAUACUAGAACUCACCAACAAGAUCAUUCAGCUGCUGACUGGAGAGGUUCCUAUAAGGUGUGAGGAUGUCACCGUCUAUUUCUCCAUGGAGGAGUGGGAGUAUAUAGAGGAACACAGGGGUCUGUACAAGGACGUGAUGACGGAGAAUCACCGGCCCCUUACAUCACUGGAUGGGGCCAGUAACAGGAAUACCCCAGAGAGAUGUCCCCGUCCUCUUUAUUCCCAGGAUCAUACAGAGGAGAAACACAGUGUCCCACAGGAGGGUCAGUUUGAAGAACUUGUUAACGUAGAAGAUAUAAAGAUAGAAGAAGAUACGUAUGUGAUGGGUGAUCAGCUGUGUAAGGAGGAGGAGAUCCCUACAGGUAUCAGCACAGACCCAUCUAAAGAUCCAUCUACUGAUAUAAAGGAGGAAUCAUUCUUAUGUGAUGGAGGAGACCUCGCACACACUGAUCAUACACAGAAAAUAUCUACUCAUAUAAAAAGCAACUGCAUUACAAAUGCGUCUUGCUCUGUAUGUGGAAAAUGUUUUACUCUUAAUUCAGAUCUUGUUAGACAUCAGAGAAUUCAUACAGCUAAGAGACCGUUUUCUUGCUCGGAAUGUGGGAAAUGUUUUACAUGUAAAUCAAAACUUGUUAUACAUCAGAGAAGUCACACAGGUGAGAGGCCAUAUUCCUGCUCUGAAUGUGAGAAAUGUUUUACAGUGAAAUCAGAACUUUUUCGACAUCAGAGAAGUCACACAGGUGAGAGACCAUAUUCUUGCUCUGAAUGUGGAAAUGGGUUUAGAAAUAAUUCAGAACUUGUUGAACAUCAGAGAAGCCAUACCGGAGAGAAACCAUUUUCCUGCUCUGCUUGUAGGAAAUCUUUUACACGGAAAUCAGAUCUUGCUCGACAUCAGAAAAGUCACACGGGGCAGAGACCAUAUUCCUGCUCUGAGUGUGGGAAAUGUUUUACACGUCAUCCACAUCUUGUUAUACAUCAGAGUCUUCACACCGGAGAGAGACCGUAUUCUUGCUCGGAAUGUGGGAAAUGCUUUAGACGUAAUUCUCAACUUGUUGUACAUCAGAGACUUCACACCGGAGAGAGACCAUAUUCCUGCUCAGAAUGUGGGGAAGGGUAUAGAAGUUUUCCAGAGCUUGUUAGGCAUCAGAGAUUUCAUACAGGUGAGAGACCGUUUUCUUGCUCAGAAUGUGGGAAAGGGUUUGAAGAAAAGUCUCUACUUGUUAGACAUCAGAUGAUUCACACAGGAGCAUAUCCAUAUUCCUGCUCUGAAUGUGAGAGAGGUUUUUCAAUUAAAUCAGAAUUUGUUAGACAUCAGAGAAGUCACACAGGUGAGAGACCGUAUUCUUGCUCGGAAUGUGGGAAAGGGUUUAGAAGUAAUGCAGAACUUGUUAUACAUCAGAGACAUCACACGGGAGAGAGACCGUAUUCUUGCUCAGAAUGUGGGAAAGGGUUUAGAAGUAAUGCAGUACUUGUUAUACAUCAGAGAAGUCACACAGAUGAGAGACCGUAUUCUUGCUCGGAAUGUGGGAAAGGGUUUAGAAGUAAUGCAGAACUUGUUACACAUCAGAGACGUCACACGGGAGAGAGACCGUAUUCUUGCUCAGAAUGUGGGAAAGGGUUUAGAAGUAAUACAGGACUUGUUAUACAUCAGAGACGUCACACCGGAGAGAGACCGUAUUCUUGCUCUGAAUGCGGGAAAUGCUUUACAUAUAAUACACAACUUACUAAACAUCAGAAAAGUCACACAGGAGUGAACCCAUGAUAUAGGUCUGAGUGUAAGGAGAGGGAGUUAUAGUAAGCCAGAACUUUUACACGAGUGCGGUCACCCGGGAGCAUAGUCAUAUUUCAUUCUCUGUGUUUUACAUGUUUAUGUUCUUCACCGCAGAAUGUGUGAUUAUUACUAAUAAUAAUAACAAGUAUUAAUAUACUCUGCACCGAGCCUGAGUGCGGCUAUCUUGAAGCUUACGCCUAGAUUUCCCAGCAUGAAAUUCACACCCCGCUAUAUGAUACCAGCUUCUUUACUGGUUCCCUACGUUUUCUGUGUAUCUCUUCUACAUCCUCCUUUGUCAUUAAUUGGUUUUCUUCCAGUCCUCAUCCUCCACCCGCUAUCAAGAUUCAGCACCAAAAGGGAUUCCCGCAAUUCCACGGAAGGAGUACAGGGGGUAAUUCCAAGUUGAUCGC